AUGCCACCGCCUGUCUCGGGAGUGCGCCCGCGUCCGUCGCUUGCGAUGCGCCGCUCCAGUCUUGCAAUGCCGGGCGGCGAUCUGCGUCCGCGCAUGAGCCUGGCGCCUGGGCAGCGCCGCUCUGUGGGUGUUGGGCGUAUGUCUCUAGCUCCUGGAACACUCCCACCUAUUCCUGCUUUGAAGGACAGCCGGCUGCGCAUGAAGAAUGCGCGCUCCACGAUGGAGUCCAAUCUGCUCCUGUUCUUGGAGACGACUGGCUUCACGAUGCCAGGAUGGAGCUCACGACUGGUUCAUGAGCCUACCCAGUCCGCUUUUGUUGCCAUGUUUAGGCAUAUUUACCGGGAGUGCAUCGACCCCGGCUACCAACUGGGUGUAGACGGACGCAAGUUUGAGGAGGAAGUGAUGCUGCUGACCAAGGAGAUUCGGUACCCGUUCGUGGACGACCUGACCAAGACAAAGCUUACGGCGGCUGGAAGCCAGCAGAACUGGCCGGCCUGCCUUGCGCUACUCGACUGGAUGGUGCGCCUUGGCUCUGCUGUGGGCCCCUCUCACAGCGGCCCACUUGAACGUGACGAUGACAAUGAACUGCAUGCCCUUUUCUUCCCGUACCUUUGGAAGUGCUACGAACGUUUCUGGGACAACCAGGACACAUACCCCGAGGAGAUGGAGGGCCUUGCGCAGAGCUUUGCAUCGAAGAAUGAGGCGCUUGCCGCGACGGUGGAUGCGCUUGCAUCGACGAAGCAGGAACUAGACGCCGAGUUGAGCAGUCUCACCGACAAGCAAAGCCCCUUGCAGCGUGAGGAGCAUGAGAAUCGUAUUCUGCAGAGCGAUCUGGCCAAAUUUAUGAAAUACCACCACGAGGUAUUGCUGCCCAAACUCGAAAAGAGCCGGCGGACGAUUGAGCGCUUGCACACAGCACUGGCGGAGCACACCGCUGAGCUGAAGGACAAGCAGGCUGAGCGAGAGCGACGACAGGCGCUGGUUGACACGCAAGAUGUGUCGGAGGAGGAGUUUGAGCGCAUGAUGUCCGAGCGGGAAUGGCUCGUGCGUCAGCUCGAAGAGGUGGCCUUGCAGAACCGCGAGGCAGUCGAGCAGUGCUGGAGGGUGGAGCUGACCCUUACCCGGCAGCAAGCCGAGGUAGAGAAGCGGCUCAAGACAUUCCAGGUCGGCGCGCGGCGGGUGCGACUCUUGCCCUUGUCACUACCGAAUGGCAUGGAACUGACCGAGCUCGAGCUUGUACCUGCACACCCAGCGACGAUGCUUGCGCCGGGUGUGUCCAUGCAGGCUGUACGCGCCAAGAUUGACAGUCUGAGGGCGGCCGAGAAUGAGGCGUACCGGCGGGUCUCUGACGAGCGCCUGGCGCUCCAAGAGUCACACGACGAGCUACUCGAGGGUAUCGAGGGGCUGCGCCGCGAUGCACACAGCCUGGAGACGCGCCUGGAGACGCUCCGUGAACAGAUCGACGAGGUGGGACGCGUGACGACGCUAGAGGACGACGAGUCAAGUGCAGAGUGUAUCCGCCAAGAAGGCAUUGUCAGCAGCAUUGACCACGCAAGCUCCAUGGCACUGCAGCAGGCCGAAGCGCGGUGGAAGGCCUCACAGCUCCACGCCACGCCCGUGCCACCUGUGGAGGUGCGUAGACUGCAAUGUUUACCCAGGCUGGAGGCCGCUACUUCGCGCCUCGAGGAUAUCGCCAUCUCACAGAGUGCUGGCUGGCCUUUGGAGCAGCCCGAUAGUGCGAGCUCUAAAGACGCAGAGGCACCCGCCGCGGAUGCCGCUAGGGCGCCGGCCGCGAGCUCAGGAGCCCCUUUGCCCCCCGAUGCACCUGCCCUGGUCGCUUGGAAAGAGGACGUGGUACCUGCGCUAUCGCACUUUCAGUCCUUGAGUGCGCAGGUGGCCCCACUCGUUUCGCAACAAGCUGAGCUUGUGCACCAAGCGCUGCAGGAAGUGCACGAGUUGGUCGCCAUGGCAAGCGCAUGCAAGAAGCCUGCGCAGGGCAUGCAGUCAGCCGAGCUCCAAUCGCGCUUGCAGCCUCUGCAAAGUGCGCACCAGAAGGUGAUCGAGGUCCGUGACCAGAAUCGCGGCGCUCGUGACCUCUUUAACCAUCUGUCUACCGUGAGCGAAGGCAUACCGGCGGCCGGCUGGGUGGCCGUGGAGCCGACACCUGGCCCCUACAUCAGCGACAUGAAGGACAGUGCACAAUUUUAUGCGAAUCGCGUGAUCAAGGACAUGAAGAACAAGGACACGAAGCAUGUCGAGUGGGCGCGCUCGUUCAUGGACCUCCUUGAGGCGCUGCGGGCCUACGUGAUGGAGCACCACCGCACCGGCCUCACAUGGAAUGCCCAGGGCCAGGACCUGGCGGCGUACCAGUCGCGGUCGCCUGCACCACCGGCGCCUGCACCGCCUGCGCCUGCGCCGCCUGCGCCUGCGCCGCCUGCGCCUGCGCCACCGCCACCGCCGCCACCAGGUGCUGCUGCUAUCCCUGCGCCCGCUGCGAGUAUGGAUGCCGUGUUCAGCCAGAUCAACCAGGGCGAGGGGAUUACGCGUUCGCUGCGCAAGGUAGACCCAAGUGAAAUGACCCACAAGAACCCCGAGCUGCGUACGACUGGCGUUGUCCAGGAUGCCGCGAAUCCUUCCAAGCCAGCGCCUGCGUCCAAGCCCGCGAGUCUGAGUAUUAAGAAGCGCACCCCUGUGAAGGCACUCGAAGGCAACAAGUGGACCAUUGAGCACUUUGAGAACGAGCCGCACAUUGUCGUCGAUGGCACCGAAAUCGGGCAUACAGUCAAUAUCUUCCACUGCCAGAACUGCGUGGUUGAAAUCAAGGGCAAGGUCAAUGCGGUGUCGUUGCUGUCGUGCACCAAGACGAGCGUGCUUCUCGACACGCUCGUCUCGUCCCUGGAAGUGACGCGCUGCCAUGAUUUUGCCGCGCAGGUCACGGGAUACACGCCGACGAUCCUGAUCGAUAGCACGGACGGCGGCCAGGUGUAUCUGUCCGAGCAGGGCCUGCAGACCGAGAUCAUCACGGCCAAGAGCAGCUCGCUCAAUGUGAGUGUCCCUGCGGCAAGUGGCGAACCAGGCGAGCUGGAAGAAAUUCCACUGCCUGAGCAAAUCAAACACACACUGCAGCGCUCCAGCACGAAGGCGCUGGCUCAUAGCGAGGUGGUCCAGCAUGCAGGCUGA